GUCAUCAUUCCUCCAGCACUGCUAUAAUUCUUUCAAGAGACAUCCGCCAUCAUCAACACCACCGGCGAGGCCAGAUAGACCACCAGCGUAUAAGCCCAGCGCCACCCACAGUUGGUCCACACUGUCCGAGCAGCAGUCGAGGGGGAGAGAACAGAUCCAGGCGCCACCAUGCCCUCCGCGUCCUCCUCCUCGGCCUGCGCCGCGGCCGCUGCCGUCGGCGAUGCCGCCGUGUCCUACGACCACAAGGCCGUGGUCGUCAACGGGCAGCGCCGAACGACGCCUCGGCCUUCGCCUCUGCACAUCUUGAGGCGGAGGACGGCGCCGGCGAGCAGGCAGUGGAACACGUCGAUGCAGCCAUGGUGGAGGUCAUGGGCGCCGAGCUGCUUCACCCGCCUCGAGCCGACGCGAGCAAGAGUGAAGAUAGCUCCGCAGCGGCGCCAUGGCUGCCGGCCAACGAGCGCCCCAUCGCAGCUGCUGGCGGACAAGCACAGCGGAGCUCGGGUGUUGGGAUGGAGACGCAUCUACAGGGGGCCGGUGACGCCGGAGGCGGAGGAGAGGCCGAGAGGCGAGAGGGCUAGGGACGGAGGGGAGAGCCGGACAGCCGACGAGAGCCCAAUCGAAGCCAUCCCCCUUCCACCUUCUCUGCCACUGGUUGGACUAGCAGAGUGUCCGUGCGUUACUACAGGCUACGAUGCAUAUAAAUGA